AGGGGAGUGUACAGCCGGCGGUUGGAUUACUUCUACGCCUUUAUCGAGAAUACCUUUUCGCUUUAUCACUGGGAGGCACCGAAUCACCCAGUUCACUCUGUUAUCUUCAACAGUCGCACCAAGUUACCAAGAGUUACGGUGUGUUUAAGUUUUCGGGUUGACCUAUUCAGUAGCUCGUGUGUAUUCCAGCAAGGCGUAGCCAUAAAAUGUAUCACUACCAGCAAGGCGAUGAAACGGGGGCAUAUACAGAUGCGGAGGCGGACAAGAGCUUCGCCUUCGAUGACCAGAGCAUCCGGAAGGGAUUCAUUCGGAAAGUUUACCUGAUAUUGAUGUGUCAAUUGUUGAUCACUUUUGGAUUUGUUUGUGUGUUUACCUUUUCGAAAGCUUCACAGGAAUGGGUGCAGAAGAAUCCGGCUCUGUUAUGGAUUGCUCUCGCCGUUCUCAUUGUGACCAUGAUUUGUAUGGCCUGUUGCGAGGGCGUGCGCCGGAAGACGCCACUGAACUUUAUAUUCCUGUUCCUGUUCACCCUCGCCGAGUCAUUUCUCUUGGGUAUGAUCGCCGGUCAGUACGAGGCUGAUGAGGUGCUCAUCGCGGUGGGCAUUACGGCAGCGGUGGCUCUCGGCCUCACCCUGUUCGCCCUGCAGACGAAAUGGGACUUUACCAUGUGCGGCGGAGUUCUGGUGGCCUGCCUUGUGGUCUUCAUCAUCUUCGGAAUAAUCGCAAUCUUCAUUCCGGGAAAGGUGUUUGCUCUGUUGUACGCCUCUUUGGGAGCCCUACUCUUCUCCAUUUAUCUGGUGUACGACACCCAGCUGAUGCUGGGUGGUAACCACAAGUACUCCAUCAGUCCGGAGGAGUACAUCUUCGCCGCGCUGAACCUCUACCUGGACAUCGUCAACAUCUUCAUGUACAUACUGACCAUAAUCGGACUGUCCCGUAGUUAGAUGUUGCCACGCCGAUCUUCCAUAGUUUUCAUUGCAGCUUUAGAGAUAUGUAACUUAAUUUUAUACCAGCGACUAGUGACCAAGUGCCACCUUGACCACCAAGAAAUACAAACCUACUAGCCAA